AUGCGGACUCCCCGCGGCUGCCCGGCGCAGGCGCUGGCGCUCGCCGGCGUGCUGCUGCAAUGGGUGCAGCCGUCGUGUGCCCGCAGCGGCGGCAUUGCUGAGAUGAGAGGCGAGUACGGCUUCCUCAGUGAGUUUCACGGCAUCGACGAAGAGGAGGCGCGGCGGCGGGUGCGGCGCAUGGCGCUGCUCUUUGGCAUCCGGGAGUUCGAGUUUUACAACGCCUUCGAGGGCUAUUCGAAGCCUCCUGACAGCGACAAGGAGUCUUGGAGGUGCGUCUGCUUCGACACACCGGUGAGCCGCGCCAUACUGCGAGCGUACACCGAGGAGAGUUCUCUUUCGUGCCUCCAGACACGGUGGCGGACGCCCACGGCACGGUGUCGGGCUGUCGGUCCGCAGCGCGUGAGAUCUGGGGAGCGCGUGCUACACAGGCCCCAAGGCAAGCGGGAUGGGUGUCCGGUGGCGGGCGGGGCUCGUUCAGGCCACGCAGGGUGCGGUGCGCCAUGUCAGCCGGACGGCCCGUACGGGUCACUUGGACCGUGCGUGAGGACUGCCUGA